AUCAGUUUUAGCACGUGCGUCUAUCGAUACGUAGUUGUUGUUACUGCAAUAUCGCUAAUUUUUAUAUAAAAAUCUGUAUAAUUCAUAUAAAAAUCAGUCGCUUUUUGCCAGUUGGAGGUUGCAGUGAAGUUUGUAGUGGUAAAAAGUUUUUAUGUCAGUGUUAUAAGUUGACUAGUUACUUCAUCAAUCAAGGUUAGCAAUAGGAAAACGAUCAAUAUGCCCUGGAAAAGACCAGACAGCGUCCCCAAAGGGCAAGUUUGGAGCACCUUCAAAGGUCGGGAUAGGGAUGGAAAACCUGGUCUAUCGUUCCAAAUCCGCGACAUGGAAGACGAGUACAAGGAGCAAUGCCUGGAUCUGAUGCAGGAGACUUUCUUGAGGGAUGAACCACUCUGCAGGAUUUUGGACAUCAACUCGGACCCAACAUCGAUCCAGACUAUCAGAGACAACUGGGAGGCGUACCUCUCUCAAGGAGUCAGCCUGGCGUGCUUCACGGAGGAGGACGGGAAGCCUGGCACUCUGGUGGGAUUCAAUAUUGUGCUGGUGAAGAGCAAGGAUGACCCUGAAGAGGAUAUGGAAAACGUAAAAGGCGAGUCCUGGAAGAAACUGCUCAAGACGUUAGUGGCUGCUGAGGACCUGGUAGACGUGUUUGAUCACUACGGCGUGGACAAGUUUCUGACGUCGAGCGGGCUAACGGUACUGCCGGAGUUUAGAGGGCAGAACAUUGGCGGCAAGAUAUUUGCUGCUAGAGAGCCUCUCUGCAAAGCCCUCGGCAUCAAGGCUACAGCCACUGUCUUCACAGCCAUAACCUCUCAAGUUUUGGCAGCCAAGUGCGGGUAUGAACUCCUGGCCGAACUGCCCUACUCCGCCAUGAAGAAGCAGGGUAUAGACCUGACCGACUGCGAGUGCAAGUCUGCCAAGCUGAUGGGCAGGAAGUUCACGUAGUUAUUUAUAUCAACUCGAGGCGGUCAGUAUUCUUUGAAUGAAACUCCGUACUGCAACUGCACACUUCGUUCGUUCGUUCGGUUCAGCCAAAUGACGUCCACUGCUGGACAAAGGCCUCCUCCAAGGCUUUCCACAAUGCACGGUCCUGCGCUGCCCGCAUCCAGGCUCUUCCCGAGCUCUGCUCUCUUCUGGCUCUUCUUCUUCUUGACCCCUUUCGGAUUGGUAAGUGUGCUAUGACCUUUAGAAACCCCGUAGAUUACAGACUUUAAGUAGACCGGUAGUUGGGUAGGCUUUCAAUUUGUAUGAGGAGUCGGCCGAUACCAAAUCGGUGUAACGGGACUAUUCCCACCUCUCGUUCCCACCGCUGCAACUCCUGUGUAGCCAGGAUCUA